AUGACCGAUGUUAGUGAUCCAUUAUUACCUUUCCAAUGCAAAACCGUAGCGUGGAGGAAGCCAAGUGUGGAGAAUACCUCCAGCAGAAAAAAAACGAAAGUUAAGAAGGGAUCAAAAGUCAUAUUGCAUGAAUCACCUAUGUUGAAAAGGCUUAUCGAGGAGUUGAGUACUUCACCAGGUUCUGAUGAGGAUAACUCAGAAUCGCAACCCAAAACUUCAGAGAA